AUGGCCACUGCAUCUGGGAAGUUCGACAUCAACACGAGCUACAAACUGAAUUCAGGCCACCAGAUUCCCGUUCUAGGAUAUGGCGUCUACCAAACUCCAGCAGCGACUGCCGAAUCCGUAGUCCUGCACGCGCUUAAGAAUGGCUAUCGACAUAUCGACUCAGCCCGAGCAUAUCGAAAUGAACAGCCGUGCGGCGACGCCAUGCGGGCAUCCGGGCUCAAACGCGAGGAGAUAUUCUUCACGAGUAAAGUACCGCCUAAGAGCAUGACCUACGAUGAAGCCAAGAAAUCUAUCGCGUCUACCUUUAGCCAAACUGGACUGGACUAUGUCGAUUUGUAUCUGCUUCACGCGCCGUAUGGCGGCAAAGAAGGACGUCUCGGCGCGUGGCAAGCACUCCGGGAAGCACAAAAGGAAGGCAAGAUCCGGUCAAUCGGCGUCUCGAAUUAUGGAGUGCAUCAUCUCGCGGAGCUGGAGGAGUAUAUCAAGAGCUCUGGUGAUGGCUCGAAAAUCGAUGUCAACCAGUGCGAGGUCCAUCCUUGGCUACCUCGAAACGACAUUGUCGACUGGUGCAAGCAACGUGGCGUGGUCGUCGAGGCAUAUUGUCCCGUCAUCAGAGGCCAGCGUGCCGAGGAGCCGGUCUUGAAGAAACUCAGCGAGAAGCACAACAAGACAUGGGCUCAAAUUCUGCUGCGUUGGAGUCUGCAGAAAGGCUAUGUCCCAUUGCCGAAGAGCGAAACAUCGAAGCGGAUCGAGGAGAACGCUGAUAUUUACGACUUUGAGCUGGACGAGAGCGAUAUGAAGGAGCUGGAUAUGCCUGAUUCGUACGAGCCUUGUGCGUGGGAUCCAACGACCAGCAAGGACUAG